AUGCGGGUUCAUUCGCUUUGUCGAGGGGCCCUUCUGGGCUUCUUUGUGUACUUGUUAUUCGUAGCGAACUUCUGCCAUGGAGAUGAAAAGACCAUAGAAGUUGUGGGGGUGGGAGAAUGUGCUGACUGCAAGGAGAAUAACAUUAAAACGAGUCAGGCUGUUUCAGGGCUUAGGGUAACCAUUGAUUGCAAGCUUCAAAAUGGAGAAAUAAAAAGAGUGGGAGUUGGAGAGCUUGAUAAAGAAGGAAAAUUCAAGGUUUCACUUCCUGAGGAGAUUGUUGGAGAUGGAAAACUCAAAGAGGAAUGCUAUGCACAGCUUCAUAGCGCAUCGGCAGCACCAUGUCCAGCUCACAAUGGCCUUGAGGACUCUAAGGUUGUCCUAAAGUCAAUAACCAAUGGAAAACACACAUUCAGCCCUAACGGAAAUCUCAAAUUCUCCACUGCAUUGUGCACUUCUGCAUUCUUGUGGCCAUCACCUUUGCCCAAAAUUCAUCCAUGGAAGAAACACUUCCCUAAGGUUUACCAUCCACCAUUGAAAAACUUCGGACACCCGUGGCCUCUUCCUCCACUUCCACCAGUUUACACAAAACCACUUCCUCCCCCAAUUCCCAUUUACAAAAAGCCACUUCCUCCCCCAAUUCCCAUUUACAAAAAGCCACUUCCUCCACCCGUCCCCAUUUACAAGCCGAAGCCCCUUCCUCCAAUAAAGCCACUUCCACCACCAGAUUCGGGAUAG